GGAAGAGGAAGAGGAAGAGGAAGAGGAAGAGGAAGAGGAAGAGGAAGAGGAAGAGGAAGAGGAAGAGGAAGAGGAACAGGAGCACGAGUACAGGCGGAAGCCCAAGCAGAAAGCGGCAUUCGCUUGGAGCAACGCUUUUCCGGAAGACUGCUGGCUGACUAGACUGGACUGGACCGGCCCGCUCUCAACGAGAGAUCAGCGAAACCUCGCGGCGCCGAGCAGGUUCCCAUCCACUCGCUCUCCCAUUGAAAACUCCCAAUUGCAUCUGCUUCUGUUCUUCUCUCCCUGCAGUGAAAAAUGAGUGAAUGAUGAUGCAUUGUCUCUUCCUCUUUCCCUUUUUCGUCGCAAUCACGCUCGCUCAGUACCCACCGUCCGCAGUCAACUUGACGACCAUCAAAUCCCCUGUCGAUGGGAAUAUCACGAUCUCUUACAAGUCUCCGCCAGCAGGCACCUGCGAAACAGCCUUUCCGACACAGCAGCAGUAUACAGGAUGGGUCCACUUACCCGGGAGGUAUCCGACGAACACGUUCUUUUGGUUUAUAGGAGCUAGGGAUCCAACGGAUCAGCUCACAGUAUGGUUGAAUGGAGGUCCGGGUUCGAGCUCCAUGAUCGGUCUUUUCAACGAGAAUGGCCCUUGUGAAGUAGUCGAACUUGGUCUGGGAAAACUGGGGACAAAGGUUCGGGAUUGGGGCUGGGAUCGAGGCUCGAAUAUGUUAUUCAUUGAUCAGCCAAAUCAAGUUGGGUUUUCCUACGACACUCCUACCAAUGGCUCCAUCGAUCUUCUUACAUCCGAUUUAUACACCCCUCCGCAAGUGCUUCCGAGUUCCCAGCCUGCAACCACCUUCAUGAAUGGGACGUUUAGCUCUUUGAACUCCAGCAAUACCGCAAACACGACCGAAAUAGCCGGAAUGGUCAUUUGGCACAUGCUUCAAGGAUUUUUGGGGGCUUUUCCGGAGUAUGGGCCGAAUAGUAGCACGACGAUGGGUGUCCAUCUGUUCGCCGAAAGCUACGGUGGAAAAUAUGGUCCUGCAUUUGCUAGUAUCUGGGAGGAACAGAACUUACGGCGGUCCAACGGAACACUCUCCAGGGCUGGCACUAUCGAGAUUAAACUUGCUUCGCUCGGUAUCGUCAAUGGCUGUGUGGAUGACUUGAUUCAAGCUCCUUUCUACCCAGCAAUGGCGGUCAAUAACACUUAUGGUUUGUCCGCAAUCAACCCAACACGAGCACGACUUGCCAGCGCCAGCUUCUCUUCUGAAGGAGGAUGCGGAGAUCUUAUCAGACAAUGUCGGACAGCUGUGAGCAGCCAGGACCCUAAUAAUGAGGGAGAUGUGUCAGUUGUUAAUAACAUAUGCUCCAACGCAUACAGCUCCUGCUCUACCAAUGUAAUAGAGCCUUACUUUGAUGCUGGGAGGAGUAUCUACGAUAUUGCUCACUACAUACCGGAUCCAUUCCCUCCAAGCACCUACCUAGAGUACUUGAAUACGGCAUCAGUCCAGGCGGCCAUUGGCUCACCAGUCAACUUUACACAGACCAACCAAGAGGUUAUCUCGGCUUUUACCUCUACAGGAGACUAUGAACGGAACGAUCUGAUUCCCGAGAUUGCCAAGCUCCUGAAAGCUGGAAUCCGUGUGGGAUUCAUGUAUGGCGACCGAGAUUACAUCUGCAAUUGGCUCGGCGGGGAAGCCAUUUCUCUGGCUGUUGCAGCAGCGACAUCUCCAUCAUACGCCUCAAUCUUUCCAGAGUCUGGGUACGCACCCAUCAUUGUAAAUACUUCAUACAUCGGAGGUGUAGUCCGCCAAUACGGCAAUCUAUCUUUCAGCAGAAUCUACGACGCAGGACACAGCGUCCCAGCCUACCAGCCCGAGACUGCUUUCCAGGUCUUCGCACGAAUCUUGAGCGGCACCUCUGUCUCAACAGGAGAGAUAAUUAAUCCCUCUUUGUACAACACCACAGGUGCGCUCAACGCAACACACACAAAUUCGCUUCCGCCGUCACCGUCAGCUACGUGCUGGCAGAGAAAUAUUCCCGAGACUUGUAAUGGGGAUCAGAAGCAGCAGAUUGUCAAUAGAGAGGGUGUGAUCAUCAAUGGUAUACUCUAUGACGAAGCCAAGGACUGGAGCUCAGCUACCUCAUCGUCAACUUCCUCGGCACAAUCCCAGAGUACAGGAAGAGUCUCUGUAACAACUACUACGCAGAUUCUUACUGGCUUCUUCACGGCUACUGCCACGCCGAGCCCGACGAAGUCAUUUGGAGUCACAUCUUCACCACUAAAUGCGAAGCUACUGGUAUUACCAGCUCUAGCGAUGUCACUCUUCUCAUUGAUAUUUUGAAUGUCUAAACACACAAGCAAUAGGUCUGCUCGAACGCAGCAAUCACCGGUAAAGCAGCCCGGCCGAACCGAUAAAACAGACCAGCAAAAAAUUCGAGUCGGCCACCUUGAAGUCCUGGCCACGGACAUAUAGAGACAGCAAGACACAAAAAUAAACUUAUUUUGCUCCUUUCACGCAAUAUACCAUGCCAAAUGGCAACAUCAGCACCAGCGCAAAAACGAAAUGGAAGUGGAAAAUCUACUUGGGAAAAGCCAGGUGAAGGAUAGGUGGGAAGGAGUUGCAGCACCGACUGCAUUUGUUCUUGGCUGGAUUUUGUAUCAAGUUAUACCCAUCUUCAAGACAGAUCAUAUUUGUAGAAGGAAUGAUACGCAACUAAUGGUAAUGCACGCUGGGCAAGUGAGAACGAAAGGGAGAAGGGGACCAAAGAGUACUUGUACUUGUAAAUGACGAUCUUGUAUAGAAUAGGAACAUACCAGGAGGAUGAAUGUGUAUGUGCAUGGAAGAAAAGGGACAAAAGAGAAUAUAUUGUUCUAUAAAGGAGC